GUUUCACAUGGAACGUCACACAAGUUGUGUGAGCAUCGGAUGAGUACUUUUUCUAGUUCGGCAGUAUCGGUAAGCAGCGACUGAGGAAUUGUUUACCCCAAAUCCAGAGCAGUAAUCUCAUGUGGGGCAUUUAAAAUGGAUGGUGUUUGGAUCUGAGCCUGUUCCUAAUUAAUGAUCUGCGGAAGAAGAAAGCAGACCAACCGAGCUGCGUCCCGGAGAAACGUAUGGCAUAGAGAGAGAGAGAGAGAGAGAGUGGGGGGCAAGUCCUGCGCGCAGUUAAGACGCUCCUGCUGUUCCUCCUCCCCUCCAUCAUCUCCUUUCAUCCUAAUCUUCACGUAUUCCUCUCCACCAAGAUUCUUUCGAGUAUCUUUUGUUCGAGCGAGGGACUGAUCCCUACAGGAUAGAAAGCGGGAGGGCGCUUAGACUUGCCACUGCAAAUAAAGUGCCAAGCUAAAGAUAAGAGUUGAUGCUCGUUCUUGCUUUACUUCCCCUCGCUCGGUCUCUAUCAACUUAUUUAAAGGACGGGACAAGAUACGGUGCUGGGAGUUUGAUUCGUUCACUCACUAGCAACCUUUCUGUGCUUCGGAUAAAAGAGACGGAAGAAGAAAGCUGGGAGAGCAGAGGGAGAAGAUGUUGCCGCAGAAGCAAGCGGAGGAAGCCAUCGUGUCGCGCAGUAGUAGCACCUUAAAGGAUGAGCUGGAGCAGGACGUCGACGGCAAGGGAGAGGAGGACGAAGAGACGGCCCAUGGAUUCAGCAUGAAGAACCUCCUCUGGCAUGGCGGCUCCGCCUGGGACGCCUGGUUCAGCUGCGCUUCCAAUCAAGUGGCCCAGGUUCUGCUGACGCUGCCAUACUCGUUCUCGCAGCUGGGAAUGCUGUCGGGGGUAAUCCUGCAGCUGUUCUAUGGGUUCAUGGGCAGCUGGACGGCGUAUCUAAUCAGCGUCCUCUACAUCGAGUUCCGCAGUCGGAAGGAGAAGGAGAACGUGAACUUCAAGAAUCACGUCAUCCAGUGGUUCGAAGUGCUGGAUGGGCUGCUGGGGCCAUACUGGAAAGCCGCCGGCCUCGCCUUUAACUGUACCUUCCUCCUCUUCGGCUCCGUCAUCCAGCUCAUCGCCUGUGCCAGCAACAUAUACUACAUCAACGACCGGCUGGAUAAGAGGACAUGGACGUACAUCUUUGGCGCCUGUUGCGCGACGACAGUGUUCAUACCCUCCUUCCACAACUACAGGAUAUGGUCCUUCCUUGGCCUCGGCAUGACCACCUACACCGCCUGGUACCUCACCAUCGCCGCCGUCGUCCACGGCCAGGUGGAAGGGGUGACGCACUCGGGCCCAACGAAGCUAGUGCUGUACUUCACCGGCGCCACCAACAUACUCUACACUUUCGGCGGCCACGCCGUCACCGUGGAGAUCAUGCAUGCCAUGUGGAAGCCGCAGAAGUUCAAGAACAUCUACCUGCUGGCUACGGUGUACGUGUUCACGCUGACGCUGCCGUCGGCGGCCGCCGUGUACUGGGCCUUCGGGGACCAGCUCCUCACCCACUCCAACGCCUUCGCGCUGUUGCCCAAGUCGGGGUGGAGGGACGCGGCGGUGAUCCUCAUGUUGAUCCACCAGUUCAUCACCUUCGGCUUCGCCAGCACCCCGCUCUAUUUCGUGUGGGAGAAGGUGAUCGGGAUGCAUGACGCCAAGAGCAUCUGCCUCCGCGCCCUCGCUCGUCUCCCGGUGGUCAUCCCCAUCUGGUUCCUGGCCAUCAUCUUCCCCUUCUUCGGCCCCAUCAACUCCGCGGUCGGGGCGCUCCUCGUCAGCUUCACCGUCUACAUCAUCCCCGCCAUGGCUCACAUGCUCACCUACCGAACGCCAUCCGCGCGGCAGAAUGCUGCAGAGAAGCCUCCCUUCUUCCUGCCCAGCUGGACGGCGAUGUACGCGGUGAACGCCUUCGUGGUGGGGUGGGUGCUGGUGGUCGGCUUCGGGCUCGGCGGAUGGGCGAGCAUGACCAACUUCGUGAGGCAGGUGGACACCUUCGGCCUCUUCGCCAAGUGCUACCAGUGCCCCAAGCCGCUGCCACCGCCCGCCCCUGCUCCUCAAAUGCAGCAGCAUCAUCACUGAUCGCCCAUGGACUCCUCCCCUUCUUCCUCCUAUUAAUCUUUGGUUUGUCUGCUUCUAUUUGUCGCCUGUAAGUUGCAAAGAGGGGUAGGCUCCGACGGUGGAAUCUCCUGCCUCCCCCAUUAGUGUUGGAUGCUUUAUGAUGUUACUGACGUUGGGUGGUAUACGACAUGGCUGCUACCAUGUUGUGGUUCAAAGAA